GGUCAAUAACUACAUGUCACAUGACAGUAAAAUGGCGGAUGGGGACGAUUUGGACGAGGAUAGGAAAACUAUAGAUGUUAAUGACAGUGCUGUCGAAAUGAACGAAGAGGAUGACGGAGACGAUUUGUAUGAUGGAAGUGAUCUUGAAAGUCUUGUCGAUGGCUGUGCCCAAGAAUAUAGUGAUCUGAACAACACAUUGGACAAACUGGAUGAAUGUCUGAACACUUUGGAAGAGAGAAGCGAUGAUCUUUAUUCCAAGUUCAAGGACCUUCUAGAGUCCAGUCGGCAGGCGAGGCAGGAACUGGAGGAGGAACGUCGUAAAGGUGAAGAUGGCAACGUCCCAGACAGUGAAACAAAGGAUAGUUCAUAGUCCAUCAUCAACGCCAUGUGUCAUUCUGGACCACUCUGAAUACAGUGACCACAACAGGGAUAAACCUUUAAGGUCAUCAUCAAGGGUUAUCUGAAGACUUUCAGACCUGUAUCAUCAUGUGACCUAUAUCAUCAAUAAUUCAUAAUGGAAUUCCUAUGUUGUUACACUGCACUAAGUGAACAAAUAUAUUUCUAGGAUGAAGAUUGCUAAGCACAACAUAAUAAAUUCUUUUCUACUGUUUAUGUACAAAUAGCUCCGUAGUUAGUCACAUAGCAGAACAGGGGUGUCUUUCAUCCUUUUAUGUUUUAAGUAUUUGGGUUAUUUCUCCUGUAUUUGGGCAUUCUGGUUGUAGUAAUUAAGAUGAGAUAUGAUAAUACUUUAUUACUUGAUUAAGGAAUUUCUGAAGUGUGUGAUGAAUGAGAGUAUCUUGAUUUAAGGUAUGUAUUAAAAGGACAUUUCUCCCACCAUAAUCAGUAAUCUUGACAAUGUCACUGGGAUGAACACCUUCCAGAUCAGGUUUCAUUGCACAGAGCUUCAGGUAAGCUGCAUAUUUGUGUGAAAUACACAGACUCACCAUAACCUAGGGCUGAGACGAGUCUAAAUUUACCCUGGGUACCCGACCCACCCCGGUACCCACUGUAGGUCUCAAGUUGGGUACAAAAUGUGCGAUUGUUUUACAGGAGCCCUGGCAAAAACUAGGGAGACCCACUUAUAAAACGAUCUGAUAUGAAGCUUUAUUUUUAUUUAAACAUAUAAAAUUCAGAAGCAAUGCAAACUUUUCUAACUUGUAACCAUGGAGUUUUUGGACCUAUCAACCAAAUUUUUCACCAUAAAAAUUUGUAAACCCAAACCAAAACAUCUGGCCUUACAGCAGGUCGAAAAUUAAAUUGAGUCAGCUCUCUGCAUUCCAUUUCAACCAUGAAUGACUGGAGGGUAUUGAGGUAGUUCUAGUCAGGUCUGAAAUGUCUAUUUUCAUCAUUGUGAUGCUUUGUUUAUCUGCAAGGUUUGAUCAUUUUGAAAGAGGAUAUGGUUGCACAGUGAAUGUGUUACAAAUGAUAAUUUUAAAACAUUAAACAGCACUUAUCCACUGACUCUGAUACAAAUGGGCACAAGCCGGCUUGCCAGUUUGCCUGUUAAAGCACUAUGGCUGGGACGAGUCCAAAUAUACUACCCCUCUAUUCCCUGACCCUACCCGGGUACCCACUGUAGGUCUCAAGAGAUACAAAAUGUCCGAUUGGGAAUUCUUUUGAACCACAGCACUUGCAAAACAAAUUUUGAUGCAUGCAUUUAUCGAUCUGGUCAUGCAUCCACUGAAGUUGACUUAAGUUAUAUCUUUAUUCAACCAUAUGAAAAGUCAGAAGGAAUGGGUGCAUAGUCAGAAAGAAAUGCGAACAUAAGGGACUUGUAGUGUAACC